AUGGCGCAGCGCUCAAGGGCGUCGACUAUGCGAAGUUUCAUAACACUUUCUCGAUCUGAGAACAUGGCAUUCUCCACUCCGAAGACUGCUCUCCGCAAGUCAGCAUCGCGGCCUGGAGGUGUCAAAGCCAUGGCAGCGAUGUGGGAGGGAGCAUCCAAGGACUCAUCAUUCAUCGCCACACCAGCACCAGCCACUCGAAAGCAGGUCGACACUGUGUCAGGGUCGGUCGUCUCACCAUACUCAGAAAAUGUCACACCGCCGAAAACAGUACCGCCCGUCAGGCUAACGUAUGAUCGUUCGUCAAGUAAAGGCUCUGCCAAGGCCUUCAGCAGAGGAUCGCUGCGGAUAGGAAGCGGAACAAAAAAGCCUCUGAAGCCAUCAGCUAGUGAUAGCACGACGCUGCGCGCAGCCUCCCGCACUGAAGAAACAUCACCAUCAAGAGCACUUGCGGCUUUUCGCAAGAUCCAAUUGCGACAGACGCCAGAGCUGUCCAAGAACGAGGCAGCCUCUCCAUCUGCUCCACUGCUCAACGAUAGCCCUGAUCAUCUCCCGAGCCUCGGCACGAUGGUUCCCCAGGAGGAAGAGCCGCCAGUUGACAGGCACAUGAACUUUUCGCGGCCACCGUCUGCUAUUUCAGGUGGCCCUUCUCAUGGCCAUGAUCACGACAAUCACGACCCCGAGGGUGAUCCUUUCCUACCAGUGCCAACAGCAAGUUCUGUUCCUGGAGGGGGGAAUUGCCUAUUGCAUGCACAGAUUCGAAACUUGCAGAGGCAGUUGGAGGCCCGUGACGAGGAGGCGUCUUCGCUCCGACGGCAACUCGAGACGCAAGAGAACAUGGACAUUGGCACACUGAGCGAGCAGCUGCGGGAGAGCAAGAGAGAAUCGGCCAUGUGGAGGUCACGAGCCGAAGCGGCAGAGAGGCGGCUGACAGUGUUCGAACGCUUCACCAUGCGUCUCCGGGAUAUUCGGGUCCCACAGGUAGAUUCGGAGGCUGCAGCUGAUGACGAGGCGGCCAGGGAAGUACACGAGGAGGGGGCAUGA